GCUUCACAGCAAACCAUGGCCGCUCGCCACAUUCCUUUCCUCUCCAGUUUCCUUCUGAUUUUAGCAGCCAUUCAAGGCAUCGAUGCGGUCGACUACACCGUCACUAACACUGCCAGCAACACUCCCGGCGGAGUUCGCUUCGACAACGAUAUUGGAUCUGAAUACAGCUUGCAAACAUUGGCUUCUACUACGGACUUUAUAUGGAAGAUCUUUCAGCAAACUAAUGAUGCGGACAAAAAGAACGUGCAGAAAGUGAGUUUGUUCAUCGACGACAUGGAUGGUGUUGCAUAUGCUAGCAACAAUGAGAUACACGUAAGCGCCAGAUACAUCAGUGGCUAUACGGGGGAUCUAAAAAGAGAAAUCACUGGAGUGCUUUACCAUGAAAUGACACACAUAUGGCAGUGGAACGGUAACGGAGAAACUCCCGGAGGAUUGAUCGAAGGAAUUGCUGAUUUUGUGAGGUUGAGGUCUGGGUACGUACCGGGCCACUGGGUUCAGCCUGGGCAAGGCGAUAAGUGGGACCAAGGCUAUGAUGUUACAGCUCGAUUUUUGGACUAUUGCAAUGAUCUUAGAAAUGGAUUCGUGGCCGAGUUGAAUAAGAAAAUGAUUAGUGCCUAUAGUGCUAAUUAUUUUGUUGAUCUACUCGGCAAAUCUAUUGAUCAACUCUGGAGUGACUAUAAAGCCAAAUACGGAAAUUAAAGAUUUCUGGUUAAGAGCUUAUAUAUCAUUAAUUUAAAUAAAAAUUGUUCUAUCCUGUUUUAUUAAUUUGUACGCACUAUAUGAGAUGAAUAAUAAACAGUUUAAAUUAAUAAAU